AUGCUGCCCAAGAAGUGCUCCAUCCUCCUGCCCUCGUACACUAACCUCAGUCCCCUCUACUAUUCCCACGCUGGGAGCUGCUCAGGUCCCCAGCCGGGCAAGUCAUGCCGUCAUAGAUUCGCACGUCCUGAGGCCGCAACACAGCGGCGCUCCUACGCCCAACACCAGGACGCGCCCGCCUACCGCGAUGACGCAGAGCUGCUCAGGUGGCCAGACGCCGUGAAGCCGCACAAGACACCCACGCCCUACCAGAUCCUGAAGUGCCGCAAGGGCGACGCCUACACGAAGCACCGCUUCUAUGCCCUCGUCAAGCUCUACCACCCCGACCGCUGCCAUGCCGAGUCGGCCAUCGCCCAGCUGCCCCUCCACGUGCGUCUCGAGCGCUAUCGGAUGCUAGUCGCCGCCCACGACAUCCUCUCCGAUGUCCAGAAACGCAAAGCGUAUGAUGCCUGGGGCCACGGCUGGGCCGGUCACCACCAGAUGCCCAUGGCCCCCCGUCAUAACGACUGGCACUAUGAUCCACAUCGCUGGAAUACGGAUCCGCGUACCAAUGCGACCUGGGAGGACUGGGAGCGCUGGCACUACGAGAACGGCGGCGGCGCCAAGGACACAGACGCCCGCACGAUUCAGAUGUCCAACUUUACCUUCAUGGCCCUCAUCUUCGCCUUUGUCAGCAUAGGCGGCGUCGUGCAGGGCACUAGAUUCAACACCUUCAACAACUCGGUCAUAGAGCGGCGCGACCAGAUCCACCGCGAGGCGAGUAUGGAGUACAGCCGGAGCAGGAAUGCCACUCUGAGCUCAAGUGGAGAUCGCGACGAGCGCAUACGCACCUUCCUUAAUCACAGGGAGUCGACUAUAGUCGGCGAGCAGUCCUACCAGCGCUUACUCCCGCCCGCCGACACCUGCUCGCCUGAUGAGAUCAGGAGGCAGUAA